AUGCACUGCUACAGGAACGUGCAGGACAACUCCGUCAAAGAAAAGAAAGACCGUAUAGUACGUUCGUGGUAUAGUACGUUGACCGGCGUGCUUCGUCUGUUCCGCUGCGAGAUGACGACGUUUCCUGUGCUCGUGAAGGAUUGUCAACGUCAAACGGCCUCGCUAGCUCAUGCUUGCUACAAUGAAAUGUACAGCAAGGUUUAUGUUGAACGUAUCGACUGUGGGUUCUCCGAUGGUGGUGGAUUUUUGAUCCCACCUCAUCCCGAGCUGGUCGCUGCACCGGAUCCGCUCGACCACCGCUCCGACAGACAUCUUCCACCGUCGUCCGCCGCCUUCACACAUCGCUCGGAAGCCAAUAGAGGCUGUCUGCAGUUGACCAUCAUGUCGUCAAAGGCCAAGAAGCUCAACGCCCUGGCAGCCCUCAAGGCAAAGCGUGAUGGCGUUCCACUGACCACGACGUCCAAGUUGGGCGACAUGUCCGAUGGAGACGACGCCAUCUAUGAUGAGGUCUCCGAAGAUGAAUACCGUUCCAUCCUUCGUGGGCGCAUCAUGGACGAUGACUUUAUCGAAGAUGACGAUGGGUCCGGAUACGUAGAUCACGGUCAGGACGAAUGGGACGAUCGUGCUCGUGCUGACGACGAUCAGGACGACGACACAGAAGACGAGCAGGAAUACUUUGAACGCACUGGCAAACGGAAACCCAAGAAGGGCACAAAAGCCCGUUCCAGAGUCAAAGGCCAGGAUGCUUCGUCAUCCGCGUAUCAGAAGUCAAGCCUUUCUGCCGCCUUCAGCAAGCAGCGCAAGACGUCGAGCGGUGUUUUCAAUGACCUGUCAGCGAGUCGUGCACGCGACGCCCAGCGAAUGCGAUCCGCCGCUCUCGACGCAUAUCGUCCCGCGGUGAGCAAGGAGAAGGAGGACGACUUUAUGGCCAGCCUCAUGGGCAACCUCGACGAGAUGGGCGCACAGCCAUCCUCAUCUUCCCACGACCCGGCCAGCCCAUCUCCCGCCAACCGCCUCUCCUCCAUCUCCAAAAAGCGAAAGCAGCACGAAGAGAGCGCCUUCUCGCGCUUUCGCACAUCGUCCUCCUCCCUCGGCACCAACAAUGGCUUCACGAGCCCUUCUUCAGGCGCUCCCACCAGCGACUCGGCGCAUCCAUCCAGCGACAGCGCAGAGCCCAGGGUGCAUGUCAGUGGAAGCGAUACACCGCCUUGGGGUCCCAACCUUGGCUCAGAUCCCGUCUUCGAACUCGACGACGAGCUCCCCGCUUCCAACAAGAAGCUUCGCGGUCCUAAGGGGCUUCCCAGUCGCAUCGGUAGCCUCGGUCUAGGUGAUGCGGACCAAGACAUCUUCAUCAGCCAUCCGUCCAAGCGUGCCGCUGGGCUCAGCAACGAUGCGCUCGCUUUCAGUGACGACGACAACGAGGAUCUGGCCGUUCGGCGUGUCGAGGUCGGCUCGCUUCCUGCCAAAACCGUCGAUGUCCGCGGUCAGGCUAGUCGUCCCAAGCCGACCCCAGCCACCGCAGCGACGCCGCGUCCCGCCAAGGUGGAAGACCUCAAGGUCGACAACAAGACACCAUCCGCAUCGUCUUCCUCGUCUACACCAAAGCCACCGCCCAAAGACGACAAGACCCCAGCUAGCAGAAGCAGCUGGCAAAAGGUCCAUAACGAUCUCAUGAAGAACGUCGAGCCGGCCACGCCUACGCCUGCCGCCGCCAAUGCUGCUGUCAAGGCUGCUGCCGGUACAGCAACACCGUCUGCCGGAAAAGUCAAGGCGUUUGAAGAUGAUAAAUUGCUCUUCUUCUACUGGCUCGACUACCUCGAAGGCGAGAAUGGCGUCGUUUACCUCGUAGGCAAAGUCAAGGACAAGUACUCUGGACGCUACGUCUCGUGCUGUCUCACCGUCAAUGGCAUCGAGCGAUGCGUCUUCCUACUUCCUCGCAGCAGGCAGCUCGAGGAUGGUCACGAGACCGAUCGCGUCAUCGGUGAGGACGAGAUCUACGACGAAUUUGAGGAGCUCUCUGCCAAGCACGGCAUCAAGCGCUUCCUCUCCAAGUGGGUCACCCGCAAGUACGCUUUCGAGCAGGCCGGUGUGCCCGCCGAGUCCAACUACAUGAAGAUCCGCUACGGCUUCGACGAGCCGCAGCUGCCCUUCGACUUCAAAGGCAGAACGUUCAGCAAGGCGUUUGGCACAAACACAUCGCCCUUUGAAUUGUUGGUGGUCAAGCGACGCAUCUUUGGUCCUAGCUGGCUCAAGAUCUCGAACGCCAGCUUGGCCGAGGGCUCGACGCCCAUCUCAUGGUGUAAAAUGGAGGUCUCGAUCGACGAUCCCAAGGACAUCUCGCCCAUCUCCGAUGCCGACACCACCUCGCCACGCGAGACUCCACCUCUCACCGUCAUGUCGAUUGCCGCUCGAACGGUCGUCAACCACAAGGAGAACAAGCAAGAGCUCGUCGCCGUCAGUGCUCGCACUUGGACGGAUCACCAGAUCGAAGACCCUACGCCGCCCGAACAGCUUCCCUGCUCCGUGUUCACCGCUGUGCGUCCGCUCGGCAGCAUGUUCCCACCCGGCUUCGAGGCCGAGGCGCGCAAAGGCAAGAUCAAGAUCCACACGCUCAAGUACGAGCGGAUGCUGCUCAACGCGCUCCUCGCUCAGAUCCACAACGCCGAUCCGGAUGUCAUUGUCGGCCACGAGUUCAACGGCGUCUCGCUCGACGUGCUUCUGCACCGCAUGAAGGAUCUGCGUGCCGAGCAUUGGUCGCGCGUCGGUCGCUUCCGUCGUCCAAAAUGGCCCAAGCUCAAGCAAGGUAUGAAUCUCAAGAUCCUCGCUGGUCGUCUCGUGUGCGAUCUGGCUUCCGACAACGGCAAGUCGAUGAUCACCUCCACCACGUGGUCGCUCACGGAGAUGUGCGGAACGCAUCUCAAGAUUCAACGCGAGGACAUCGAUCCCGAAGAGACAGCCUCGUUCUUCGACUCGCUCGCUCCAUCGCCGGAGCGUCUGAUGACCUUUGUACGCCACUGCGAGGUGGACACCUUCUUCCAGAUGGCCAUCGCCGCCAAGGUGCAGAUCUUGCCUCUCACCAAGCAGCUCACCAAUCUCGCCGGUAACAGCUGGAACAAGACGCUCAAUGGAGGUCGUGCCGAACGCAACGAGUACAUUCUGCUGCACGACUUCCACAGACAAAAGUACAUUUGCCCGGACAAGAUCUCGGCGUGGGAGAAGAAGCAGAUCCAGCAGGCGGUGGAGCUCAAGGCCAAGGCUCGUGCCAAGGCUGCGGGUGGUGCAGCGGACUCGACGGCGGCGACGGCGGCAAACAGCAAGAAGGACAAAUUCAAGGGCGGUCUCGUGUUCGAGCCCAAACGUGGAUUGUGGGACAAGUACAUCUUGGUCAUGGACUUCAACUCGCUCUACCCGUCGAUCAUCCAGGAGUUCAACAUCGACUUUACCACCGUCGAGCGUCCGCCCACCCAGGGUCUCGAAGAUGAGGAGGUCGCCGCUACCGGGACCGCCACUGCUGCUGGUGGUGCCGACGGUGAGGCCAGCACAGACGCUGCCGCUGAAGUAGACAAGAUUCCCGAUGUCCCCUCGUCCGAUGUCGAGCAAGGUGUGCUCCCUCGUAUCAUUGCGCAGCUCGUCGCGCGCCGUCGACAGGUCAAAUCUCUGAUGAAGGACAAACACGCCACCCCAUCCCAGCUCAUGCAGUGGAACAUCAAGCAGCUCGCGCUCAAGCUCACCGCCAACUCGAUGUACGGAUGCCUGGGCUUUGAAAACUCGCGCUUCUACGCUCGACCUCUCGCAGCACUCACGACGUUCAAAGGACGAGAGAUCCUCACCGCCACCAAGGAUCUGGCAGAGUCGAUGCUGCUCGACGUCAUCUACGGUGACACGGACAGUGUGAUGAUCAACACCAACGCUACCGAGUAUCGCGAGGCGCUUCGUAUCGGACAGGAGUUCAAGAAGUCGGUCAACGAGCGAUAUCGAUUGCUCGAGAUUGACAUCGACGGUGUCUUCGAACGAAUGCUCUUGCUCCAGAAGAAGAAGUACGCCGCUGUCCUCGUAGACGAAGAUGGUAAGCGGAGUACGGAGAUCAAGGGUCUGGACAUGAAGCGUCGCGAAUACUCGGCGCUGUCCAAGAACGUGUCCAACUACGUGCUCGACCAGAUCCUGUCCGGUCAAGCCACCGAGUUGGUCGUCGAACACAUCCACGAGUACCUCUCCGACAUGUCGACCAAGAUCAAGACCGGCGAAGUGGCGCUCGAUGAUUUCAUCAUCUUCAAACGUCUCGGCAAGAAUCCGGAGGACUAUCCGGACGUCAAGUCGCAGCCGCACGUGCAGGUCGCGUUGCGCACGAAGGCGAGAGGUGGAAGUGCAAGGAUGGGCGAUGUGAUCCCGUACAUCUUCUGCCUGGGCGAGGAUGGCAGUUCGAGCACCAAGACGGCUCAGGCGGAGCGGGCGCAUCAUCCGGACGAGUUGAGGAGGAAGGACGGCGAGCUCAAGAUCGACUACGAGCACUAUCUGGCGCUGCAGAUCCUGCCGCCUGUGGAGAGGCUGUGCGAGAGCAUCGAGGGUACGGACAGGUCGCGGUUGGCGGAAUGUUUGGGAUUAGAUCCGAGCAAGUACUCUUCCGUCUCGCAUUCCGCUUCUGGUGGAGGAGCGGCGGAUCGAGAGUUUGCCACGCUCGAUUCGCAGAUCCCGGACGAGGUGCGAUUCGCUCGAUGCGAGCCACUCGAGCUCACCUGUCCCACGUGUCGCGAAUCGUGCACCUUCCUGGGACCCGCCCACCGCGCUGCUGCCACCAAAGUGCUCGCCGAUUCGACCAACACUCGACCGGAGCCACGCAACGCCAUCUCCACCAAGGGAAUCCGCUGCACCAACCCCGCGUGCCAGCGCAUGCUUCCGCUCGCAACCAUCGCGAUCCAACUCGAACUCACCAUCCGACAGUUCGUCGAUCGGUACUAUUCCGGUUGGACCGAGUGCUCCGAUCCCAACUGCGGCUCUCGCACGCGGAUGGCUAGCGUGUACGCCAAACGCUGCCUCGCCGUCCACGACACCAAGUCGGCGGCGCUUCUCGACGCUACGGCCAACAGCGGAUCGAAUCUCUCGUGCCGUGGUCGUGUGGAAGCAGUGUAUCGGGACAAGCAGCUGUACGACCAGCUGAUCUACCUGGAAUCGCUGUUCGACACGUCGAGGAUCAGAGAGAAAAUCUCGGCGGGUGUGGGCGCUAACAAGGCAUGGCAGGACGAAGUGUUGGCCAUGCUGGAUGUGAACAAGAGGGAGCUGGAUACGCUGCACAAGACGGUGGACAAGUAUCUGGCGAAGAACGGAAGGAGGUUCGUCAAGUUGGCGAGCUUGUUCAGGUUCAUGAAGGUGUGA